CCACAGAAGCACCUCCAAUAUAUUUUGUUUUGUUCUUUUUUUUUUUGGUAGCGAAAUAACUUAUGAGUCUUGGGUUCUAACUUCUAAUUUAUGUUCUCUUUUUUUCUCAUCUAUUAUUUUACUAAAUUUGAUAACCUUUUUUUCUUAUAAAUAAAUUCAUCAGAUGAAUACUCCUUGCGAAACUAAAAAAACUUGUACUUUAUAUCCGAAAACUUUAUAUAAAAAAAAAUUUAAUAUCACCAAACAAAAUUAUAAUAACAAUACAACCCCUUUGCCCUUGUGUCGCAUUGAGAGCUGUCACGUCUCUCUCUUACUUUCUAAUUCGUAUGAUUGUUUACGGGACACGAAUUUUGUGUUUAUAGGACGUUUGCUGCUCAUUCGGGCAUUUACACAAACGCUUUGGCUACAUUCGGUCCUGGGAAUCAAUGAAGUAUGUCUUGGUCACCGGUGGCGUGGUCAGUGGCCUCGGCAAAGGCGUUACUGCCAGCAGCAUAGGCGUCCUCCUCAAGGCCUGCGGCCUUCGUGUCACUUCCAUCAAAAUUGAUCCUUACUUGAACACGGACGCUGGUACCAUGUCUCCGUUUGAACAUGGGGAGGUGUUUGUUCUUGAUGAUGGUGGAGAGGUUGAUUUAGACUUGGGAAACUAUGAACGUUUCCUAGAUGUGACAUUAACAAGAGAUAACAACAUUACCACUGGGAAAAUAUACAAGUCUGUCUUGGAGAAGGAACGUAGGGGCGAUUAUCUUGGGAAGACUGUUCAGGUUGUUCCACACAUCACUGAUGCCAUUAAGGAUUGGAUAGAAUCCGUUGCUGUUAUUCCAGUAGAUGGGAAAGAGGGACCAGCAGAUGUUUGUGUUAUAGAAUUGGGAGGGACCGUGGGUGACAUUGAGUCAAUGCCCUUCAUAGAGGCUCUGCGUCAGCUGUCCUUUUCUGUUGGCCAGGAUAACUUCUGUCUCAUUCAUGUGAGCCUCAUACCAGUAUUGGGUGUUGUUGGAGAGCAAAAAACAAAGCCUACGCAACACAGUGUUCGGGAACUCAGGGCAUUAGGCUUGACUCCUCAUUUGUUAGCAUCCCGCUCUUCUCAGCCUCUACUGGAAACUACCAAGGAUAAACUCUCUCAAUUUUGCCAUGUUCCAGCUGGUAAUAUUCUCAAUAUCCAUGAUGUUCCAAAUAUUUGGCACGUUCCUCUCUUGCUUAGGAAUCAAAACGCACAUAACUCAAUUCUUAGACAACUAAACUUACUCAGUAUUGCUACACCACCUGAUUUAAGAGAUUGGACUAAGAUGGCAGAGACUUAUGAUAAUCUCACCGAUUCGGUGAGGAUUGCAUUGGUCGGGAAGUAUGUUGGUCUUACAGACUCAUAUCUGUCUGUUGUGAAGGCCCUUCUUCAUGCUUGCAUUGCCUGUUCUCUAAAGCCAUCAAUUGACUGGAUUGCAGCUUCUGAUCUGGAAGAUGAUUGUGCUGAAAUGACACCAGAAGUACAUGCCCGUGCAUGGGAGACCCUUAAAAAUGCAGCAUGCGUCUUGGUGCCUGGGGGUUUUGGUGAUCGUGGUGUGAAAGGCAUGAUAUUGGCAGCAAAGUAUGCUAGGCAGAACAAGGUUCCUUAUCUUGGGAUUUGCUUGGGCAUGCAGAUAUCUGUGAUUGAGUUUGCUAGAACGGUUUUGGGUAUGGAAAGGGCAAACAGCAUGGAGUUCGAUGAUUCAGAGUCAUCUCACCACGUUGUAAUUUUUAUGCCUGAGGGUUCAACAACACACAAAGGAAACACAAUGAGACUAGGAUCUAGGAGAACAUUGUUGCAGACGCGUGAUUGUAUUACUUCAAAGCUGUACCAUAACUCGGAGUAUGUGGAUGAACGACAUCGACACAGAUACGAGGUAAAUCCGGAAAUCAUUGGCAUUCUUGAAGAAGUUGGGCUAAAAUUUGUCGGGAAAGAUGAAAGUGGAAAGCGAAUGGAGAUUUUGGAACUUCCCAAUCAUCCAUUCUAUGUUGGAGUGCAGUUUCACCCAGAAUUCAAAUCGCGGCCGGCAAGACCCUCCCCACUAUUCUUAGGUCUUAUAUUGGCUGGAUCAGGGAAGUUGGAAACGUAUCUUAACACACACGGAAAUGGAAGCUGAUUACGUUUUCUUUUCUGUCUUAAUUUUUUAAUUUUAAUUUUAUUUUUAUUUUUUAAAAUGGAGGGAGGACACCAAGUCGACCGUGGUUUUUUUCAUUUAUCUUGUUCAAGCUUUUAUUUAUUUAUGUUUCUCCUUUGGUUUGAAGUUAAAUACAUAAAAAAAAAAAAAGCAGAUACUAACAGAAGUUAGAUUUAUUUAACUUUUUCUUUAUUAAAUGAUAGUUUUUUAUGGGUACCUUUUGUACACAA